AUGAGCAGCCACGGCAACAGUCUGUUCCUGAGGGAGAGCGGUGCUGGCGGGGGCUGUCUGCAGGGCCUGCAGGACAGUCUGCAGCAGAGAGCACUGCGCACGCGCUUGCGCCUGCAGACCAUGACCCGAGAGCACGUGCGGCGCUUCCUGCGCCGGAACGCCUUCAUCUUGCUCACAGUCAGCGCUGUGAUCAUUGGUGUCAGCCUGGCAUUUGCCUUGCGCCCGUACCAGCUCUCCUACCGCCAGAUCAAGUACUUCUCCUUUCCUGGUGAGCUGCUCAUGAGGAUGCUGCAGAUGCUGGUGCUCCCCCUCAUUGUCUCCAGCCUUGUCACAGGUAUGGCAUCCCUGGACAACAAGGCGACAGGGCGGAUGGGAAUGCGGGCAGCUGUGUACUACAUGGUGACUACAGUCAUUGCAGUUUUCAUCGGCAUCUUAAUGGUCACCAUCAUACAUCCUGGGAAGGGCUCCAAGGAAGGACUGCACCGUGAGGGCCGAAUUGAGACUGUCCCCACAGCUGAUGCUUUCAUGGACCUGGUCAGAAAUAUGUUUCCACCUAACCUUGUGGAGGCCUGCUUCAAACAGUUUAAGACACAGUACAGCACACGAGUGGUGACAAGGACGAUUGUAAGGACAGACAACGGGUCAGAGCUGGGGGCCUCCAUUUCUCCCCCAUCCUCAGCAGAGAAUGAAACCAGCAUCCUGGAAAAUGUCACCCGGGCCUUGGGCACCCUGCAGGAGGUGAUAAGCUUCGAGGAGACUGUGCCUGUGCCUGGCUCAGCCAAUGGCAUCAACGCCUUGGGCCUCGUGGUCUUCUCUGUGGCCUUUGGGCUGGUCAUCGGUGGCAUGAAGCACAAAGGGCGUGUCCUGAGGGACUUCUUCGACAGCCUCAAUGAGGCUAUUAUGAGGCUGGUGGGCAUCAUCAUCUGGUAUGCACCAGUGGGCAUCCUGUUCCUGAUUGCUGGAAAGAUUCUGGAAAUGGAAGACAUGGCUGUCCUUGGAGGUCAGCUGGGCAUGUACACACUGACUGUCAUUGUUGGCUUAUUCCUUCAUGCUGGGGGUGUGUUGCCCCUUAUCUACUUCCUCGUCACCCAUCGGAACCCCUUUCCUUUCAUCGGUGGUAUGCUACAGGCGCUCAUCACAGCCAUGGGUACCUCUUCCAGCUCUGCAACUCUGCCUAUCACUUUCCGCUGCCUGGAGGAGGGCCUGGGCGUGGACCGCCGCAUCACCAGGUUCGUGCUGCCUGUGGGGGCCACCGUCAACAUGGAUGGCACUGCACUCUACGAGGCCUUGGCAGCCAUCUUUAUUGCUCAAGUCAACAACUAUGAACUCAACCUUGGUCAGAUCACCACAAUCAGCAUCACAGCCACAGCUGCCAGUGUAGGAGCAGCUGGCAUCCCCCAGGCAGGACUGGUUACCAUGGUGAUUGUGCUUACAUCUGUCGGCCUGCCCACAGAGGACAUCACACUGAUCAUAGCUGUGGAUUGGUUCCUUGACCGACUUCGUACGAUGACCAAUGUACUGGGGGACUCAAUUGGAGCGGCUGUCAUUGAGCAUUUGUCCCAACGGGAGCUGGAGCUGCAGGAGGCUGAGCUGACUCUACCCAGUCUGGGGAAACCCUACAAGUCACUCAUGGCACAAGAAAAGGGGGCAUCAAGGGGUCGGGGAGGCAAUGAGAGUGUCAUGUGA